AUGUGGCCUUGGAGUAGCAGCUCAGACAAGCCUGCGGGCUCGUCGACUUCCCAAAAUGAACAUCCCAAGUCGCCGCAGUCCCAGAGCGCGCCAAGGGACGUGAAGAAAUCCCCCGCCGAGUUCGAUCCCAACAAGCUUCCCGACGGGCGGAAGCUACCUCCGAAGCUCCAGAAGAUCAUGGACAAGGAUGACCACGAAGAGAACUUUUUCGACGAGCUCGUCGACGGCUACGUGCCCCCCUCGACCGACUCCAACGUCCGCUACGCCGCAUACGCAGCCCGCUUCCGCACCAUCCUGCUCUCGGCGCACCGCUACGUGGCCUACACAUCCGACAUCGGCGAGUCGUUCCGACCCGUCGCGCACCCGUGGCUCGUGCGCGGCGCCUACGGCGUCUCGUGGGCCUACAUCCUCGGCGACGUCAGCUACGAAGGGUACAAGGCCUACCUGCACAACCAGCGCGCCCUCAACCCGCGCCUCGAGCUCACCACGCGCCAGCAGAAGAUCCUGGGCGUCGAGAACGCCACCCCGCCCCCGCCGGCCGCUGCCGCCCCUGCCCUGGGCGCCGGCGCCGUCGCGCCGCUGGACGAUUACCGCACCGUGAUGCUGCAGCGCGGCAUCUUCCAGAGCCUGGCCAGCAUGGGCCUGCCGGCGUUUACCAUCCACAGCGUGGUGCGGUACAGCGGGCGGGCGAUGAAGGAUGUCAAGAAUGUGCGGGUGCGCACGUGGGCGCCCAUCGGGCUCGGCCUGGCCGUGGUGCCGUUCCUGCCUAGCAUCUUUGAUAAGCCGGUUGAGAACGCGGUUGAGUGGGCGUUCCAUAAGGGGUUCGAGACGUUUGGUGGCCACGAGGCGGUGGGGAAUGCGCCGCUCAUUGGGAGGGAGAGGCAGUUGAGCGAGCGGCCCAAGGAGAAGAAGGCGUGA